AUGACUGAACAUGAGAUGAUCGACAUGUUCACCAGUACUUUGUCCGGACACUACUACUUGGCUUGCAGUGCUUCAGCCAACUUUUCUAAAAUGGUGAGAUAUGGCGAACGUGUCGAGAUGGGUUUAAAGAUAGGGAAAAUUCAGUUGGGAGCUUUUUCUAAUUCAGCUGGUGGUAAGAAACAAGCUGAGGGUUAUGCCAGAAGGAAGGAAGGAAAUGCGGAUGCCAUAUAUGGAAGAAGGGGUUCAGGGAGAAACAAUUCGCAAGUCAACGCUGUCAUGAUUCCAGUUCCGCAACAACAAGAGCAAGGACAACGUUCCAACAAUGAUCGUUAUCCUCCCAGGACUAGGCCUCAUAGAAAGAUUGAUCCGAUUCCCAUGACCUAUGCUCAGGUGUUGCAACAUUUGCUCAAGAUUGAGAAGAUUACUUUGAGAGAUGCUCCGAAUGCUCCGGACACACAAUCUCCGAAUUACAAUGCAAAUGCAAGAUGUGCUUUCCACUUCGGUGCAGCUGGACAUGAUACAGAAAGGUGUAUUGCGUUGAAAAACAAAGUACAAGACUUGUUGGAUCAAAAGAUAAUCCAGUUCACUCCUACACCCAAUAUUGUCAAUAAUCCGAUGCCUACUCACGGAGGUUCGCAACAUCUGGUUAAUAGCGGUAUCUUCCCGGGCUGUGGUGUGGAUUGUGAGAAUUGCAAGAGUCAACCCGAAGGUUGUGCUGAUUUGAGAAGUAUGGUACAAAAGCUGAUUAAUGAGGGUCCUCUUCAAUUCUAUCGAAGGUUGAGAGGUGCAAAGAGUAAGGCUGGUGAAGUGUCUUUGAUCUCAAUUCCUUAUGAGCCAGUUGCUCCAAUAUGUAUCCAAGUUCCUAUUCAGAUACCUGUCAGUAUCCCGUAUGAGGAACAACCAGCGGCGUUGAUGAUUACCGUGCCAGGGCCUAUUCCAUAUGAGAGUGAGAAGGCCGUCCCUUGGCAUUAUGGUUCAGACGUAUAUUACUAUGGCACGAAGGAGAAGGGUGAGCCAUCGAAAGAGAAGUUUGUGGAAGCCGUAGUUGCAAACACUGAUAAUGUUGCCGGUACUGGUAGAAUCACUCGCAGUGGUAGGGUGUUCUCCCCUCAGCUUGUUCAAAGUAAUGAGGAUGCUUUGGCUAAGGCCAAAGGCAAACAAGUAGUGACUGAUGUCUAG